GAUAUGUGUGUGACUUCCUGCGUGCCACUAUCUACGCAGCAGACCCAUUUGCGCUGGCCCUCGCCUUCCACGAGUUCCAGAAGCGCUUCAAGAUCGUGCGAGUGAAGAACAAGUUUGCGAACGAGAAGCUGAAAACGGAGGAGCGAACGAACAUUCUCGUCAACUUCUGGGUUGAGACAGAAGACAUGAAGCAGAUCGGCGAAGUGCAGUUCCUCAUGCAGGAGUACCUCACGGCGAAGUCCAUACAGCACAUGUACUACGAUGUGGCUCGGGCAAAGAGCGAGGACGAACUCUUCGACAAGCCGAUCUUUGCCUAA